CAUGAUAUAGAUAUAAAAAAAAUCUUAUCAAUACUAAUAAUAGUAGUAAUAAAAUAAAAUAAAAAAAAAAUACGUGUGUUAAAUAAUCAGUGAGUCACUUUGGCGACUAGUGUUACCCAACGGAUUUUAUUUAAAGUGGAGAACAAAAAAUCCAUCAACCUGGAGCCGACUUGUCAGAAACGGUAUUUAAAAUUACCAAUUUAAAUUUUUAAAAAAUAAAAAGUAGUAAUUGUAGUUAGUGAAUGAGUGAUUGAGAAAAUUAAUGUAAACAAUAAGUAAAUUUAAACGAGUUGUCUGACAGGUUAUUGACAAAUGUGCAAUUAUAAUAAACUUUAACACUGUACAUGACUUGACGGAAAUGUGAGGCUGAUGGAAAGGAGGCAAAGGCUGAACUGGCGGUGCAACGCAAUAUGUUUCCUAGCGCACAAAUUAAAAUGAGUAUAUUUGUCAGAUUGCUGUCGCCAAGCAGUUCGCCAGCAACGUCGCCCACGAUGUCUAAUUCAUCGUCACCGACACCACCAACACCAGUAGCACCAGCAUACAAUACUAAAAUGCCAGGUAUACCCUGUGUUGCAGCAGCAUCCAGAUACACAGCACCAGUUCACAUCGACGUCGGCGGAACCAUAUACACAUCAUCGUUGGAAACGCUUACAAAGUAUCCUGAAUCGAGACUCGCAAAGUUAUUUAACGGUAGCAUUCCCAUUAUGCUUGAUUCUUUAAAACAACAUUACUUCAUUGACCGUGAUGGAGGCAUGUUUCGACAUAUACUUAAUUUUAUGAGAAAUUCACGGUUACUUAUACCUGAAAAUUUUGCUGACUUGGAUUUACUUCUCGAGGAGGCGCGAUACUUUGAUAUUGCGCCAAUGUGCCGACAGAUAGAACAAUUAAAAAAAGAACGUAUAAAAAAUGGCACAACAAUCCAGUCAUCAAGUCCACUGUCAACAUUAAUAGGAAGAGAUGGCAGAGUAACACCGCCAAGUAGAGAUACUGAUAAAAGAUCAACGCCGUCUUUUGAAUGUCUGGCUCUGCACGUGAGCCCAGACCUAGGAGAGCGCGUGAUGCUGUCAGGUGGACGGGCGCUGGUGGAUGAAGUCUUUCCGGAGACAACCCAGGCAGUAAUUGAUGCACGUUCUGGUGUCGCAUGGCAUCAACAAGACACACGUCACGUCAUACGUUUUCCUCUCAAUGGCUACUGCAAACUCAACUCCGUUCAGGCAAUCACGAGGCUGCUCAACGCGGGUUUCAGAGUGGUCGCGAGCAACGGCGGCGGUGUCGAGAGCCAGCAGUUCUCCGAGUAUUUAUUUGUACGACAAGGCAUCAACACUUGACAGCCUACGUCUCUGUUAAAUAUUGUCGAUAAAUCUCAUAAUUGAGCUGAAAAUCUUAAGAAAUUGUUAAAUUAUUAUAAAACAUCCAGCUCGACUAAUCUUUUUCCUCAUCUCUUUUUAUCUCUAUUUGUUACGUUAUACUUAACAUGUACCUAAUGUAUUUAUAUACUAUUAUAAUUAUAUGUAAAUAUUAUUAAUUAAAUGACAUUUAAAACUUUGAUGUAUGGCAACACAAAGUGUUAGCUUUGAUGUUUUUUGGGUAAC